UGCAAAUAACAACCACCGCCUUCGGUUCUCCACAUGCAGCAUCGGAGUCCUGGGCCGCGGCGUACCGGCUCCAGCCAUGUCGGCGAGGAAUACAGCGACUGGCGGCGGUGACGGAGCGACGGGGGAAAAGACAGCAGGAGAUGCAUUAGAGGAACCCCAGGGCCUCUCCGUCUCUCUGUCUGGUUUGAUGACCCCCACCUCAGUCAUCGGCAUGGCCUCAGGCAUGGAGCUGCCCAGGAAACGGAAAGGCAGCAUGGACAUCCCAGAAACAAAAUCUGCAUCAAAUCUAGACGAGGAUAUGGAGGAUGAUCAGGAAAGAUCAGAAGGAGAUGACCAGCACUUAAAAAUUAAGUGCAUCAGGGAACCUCACAGUCAGAUCGAGAAACGACGGAGAGAUAAGAUGAAUAACUUGAUUGACGAGUUGGCAGCGAUGAUCCCCACCUGUAACCCCAUGUCCCGCAAGCUUGACAAACUCACUGUGUUACGAAUGGCUGUCCAGCACCUCAAAUCACUCAAAGGAGCGACCAACUCCUUUGCAGAAGCCAAUUACAAACCUGCAUUCCUCCCAGAUGAUGAGCUCAAGCACCUUGUCCUAAGGGCUGCGGAUGGAUUUCUCUUUGUGGUUGGCUGUGAUCGUGGAAAAAUUGUCUUCGUCUCAGAAUCUGUUUCAAAAAUCCUGAACUACAGUCGGACUGAGUUAAUUGGACAGAGCCUGUUUGAUUAUGUUCAUCCAAAGGACAUUGGAAAAGUGAAGGAACAGCUGUCUGCCUCUGAACUCUACCCACGGGAGCGCCUCAUAGAUGCCAAAACGGGGUUGCAGGUGCAGGCUGAUCUCCCUGUCGGAGCGGCUCGGCUUUGCUCUGGAGCCCGGCGCUCAUUCUUCUGCCGAAUGAAGUACAACAAAGUUAGCAUUAAAGAGGAGAAGGACUUUCAGGCUGGUGCCUCAAAAAAGAAAGAGUCCCAGCGGUACUGCACCGUGCACUGCACGGGAUACAUGCGCGUCUGGCCCACGCGCCAGCUGGGCACGGAGGGGGAGGCCGAGGUGGACAAAGAGAGCUCCCACUUCAGUUGCCUGGUAGCAGUGGGCCGUGUGCACCCCCACACCCUCCCACAGGCCAACGGAGAGAUCAAGGUCAAGCCCUCCGAAUUUGUCACCCGCUACGCCAUGGAUGGGAAAUUCACCUUCGUGGAUCAACGAGCCACCAUUAUUCUGGGUUACUUACCCCAGGAGCUGCUAGGCACAUCCUGCUAUGAAUACUUCCACCUGGACGACCUGCCUCAUUUGGCGGAUAGACACAGAAAAGUGCUGAGGAGUAAAGAGAAGAUUGAGACAAAUUGCUAUAAGUUCAAAACGAAAUAUGGCUCUUUCGUUACCUUACAAAGUCAGUGGUUUAGUUUUAUAAAUCCCUGGACCAAAGAAGUAGAAUACAUAGUGUCAACCAACACAGUUAUGUCCGGUAAAAGUAAUCCAGGUGGAUCAGGGGAUAAAGCCGAACAGCCUAGCAGUUCCAAGGCCUCGGAGGAUGAUGCCAAGAAGUCUCAACAAUUUCCAAUUAUCCCAGGGAUCUCCAGUGCAUCAGGCAUGAUUUACGCUGGAUGCAUAGGGACCCAAAUCGCUAAUGAGAUAAUGGACUAUAAUAGGAUGAACUCCUCACCAUCCAGCGGCAAUACAAGUCCGUUCAGUGUACUGCAGGACAAGUCUCCACUGGCUCUUCCGCAGGCCAGCAACAACGUGCCAAAUGGGGAAGCAACAGACGUAGAGAUGCCUGGCAAAUCAAGCUCAGAGGACGAGGCGCGGGGUGGGCCCUUCACAGCGGGUGAAAAUCUCAUGGAGGCAAGCUCUCAGUUGGAUCUUGAGGGGGUUCCUGGGUUGGCCGCUCUAAGCACUGAUGAGGCAGCCAUGGCAGUCAUUAUGAGCUUACUGGAGACCGAUGCCAACCUGGGUGAAGCCGUGGACUUUGACGAGACGCACUGGUCUCUGUGAACACACAGCUCUAAUUUUUUCUUUUUAAAAGACCCGUCUUAUCUGGAGCUUUUUAAAAUGAACCAUCCAUUCAUUUUCACUAGGCGGCCAGCCUUCGACAAUUCUUUGACUUUUAUGUUUUUAAUUUAUUAGUGUUUUUAAAUGGGUAUGGACAAGCUGCGUGGCAGGUUAUCUGAUGGCUGGCCUUGGUGAAGGAGAACCGAAGGGGAUGGGGGUCUCUCGGAGUACCUUAAGCUGAGUACCUUAAGCAACAGGACCAGGUUUUAUGUGGUCUGGUUUGCAUUUCUUCAUCUCAGCUCUGAGGUCACUCUUACCCCUUGGCAUGGAUCAGAAAGGAGAGACGUUAUUGGCCUGUUUUGCCAUGUUGAGGAACACAUGCCUCAGCCAAGCCAUAAGGCAAGAACUAAAAUGGUCCACUGUGAUCCAGUGGCGUAAGGAUUUCAAAAUUGUUUCCUUAGUCAAUCAACACUUGAACUGUACAUGGAUGCUUUGAGGCAAAGCUGGACUGAUUUUUUUUAAAUAUAUAUAUAUAUAUAUAUAUGUGUCUAUAUAUAUAAAAAAACGUCAUAGGAUUCCUUUGGCAAGGGAAGCCUGGUAGUUUUUAUUCCCUUUUAGAGCAGAAAUUGUCUUGAAUUCAGUGUUUCAUGAUGAACAAGAGUGGAACAAUGGGGAGGGGUAUUGGU